CUAUCCAUGUGAAGCCUUGGAUUUGUUUCUUCCAAAUGGGUUCUCAAUCAUAAAUCCUUUUCGUGGAUUCUCACACAAUCUUUUUUAAUCAAUUAUUCCGACUCCAAAGCAUCCGUUUAACUACAAAAAGACACUCAGAUUCCAUACACCAGAGAAACCCAUUACGCCAAGCAAAGGUUAAGCCACCUUAUCAUCUUUUUCUUGUUUGUUUGUCUAUGGAGAGUAAGAGAGAGAGUGUUUGAGAGUCUAGUUCCUUAUUGCCAUUCAAGACUCUGGUUUUGUUCCUGGGUUUUUGUUCAUAGUUUCUGAGAGAGAUAGAGAGGCUGCGAUCUGUUAUUGUACAACCAAAAACUGAGAUUGGAACCCCUUCUGCUUCCAAAGAAUGGUGGGUGUUUUCUCAAGAUUUUCUGUUGGUAGAGUUGGGCUUAGACGAACCCAGAGUGCUUUUGAUGAGAGGGAAGUGUUGCCCCCAAAUCAAGACCUUACCAGGGCAGCCACUGCCACUGCUUCUGCUCCUCAUGGGAUUGAAGUAGCAGUAGAGUUUAAGCCAGUUGAGCACCCAAUUGAGCCUUUUGACAAUGAUCAACCAAUUCAGUGUCCGCUACCUGAACCAUCAAUUCUUAAUGAUGGAAGACUAUGGAAAGAGAGAGUAUCUGCAACUGUGAGGAGGAGAGGUGACUUGCCUCUCAUGAAAGAAAGUGGUGGCCUUGAAUCUGAAUCUCCAUCUCCAUCUCCAUCUCCAUCUCCAGGGACAAGGCCACGGCCAAUUCAGUCCAAUAGAAUGAUUCUACCAUCCAUGAGUGCUCCUGAGCAUAAUUUGAUAAAGCUACUUGAAGAAUGUAAUGCAUCUGGGAUCUAAAACUUGGUAUCAUAUUUCUUUUUGGAAUAUGGAGAUGGACACAAUUUCCUUAUAUAUUUUCUUUUGUUUUAUAUCCUGGAUUAUCAGCCAUUUUGAUAUGUGCAUAUUCCAUAUGAUUUAUAGCAAAAAAAAAAAAAAAAAAAAAAAAAAAAAAAAAAAAUCCCCUCUCCCUUUAUUUUCUUUUCCUUUUUCAAUAAAUAAAUUUAACAGUUCUCUUGGAAAUAAAGUAUAUGCUUGUCGCUUUCAACAA